AUGUUAAGGCUCAUCAAAGUACUAUUUCUUCUUUUUUUAUUUUGGAAAAAAGGUUAUAGUAUUAAAAAAGGGAUUAAAAGAAACGCUUCAUUUUAUCAUAUACUUUAUUAUUUAAAUAAAAAUAAAAAAAAUGACCCAAGCGUUUUUGAAUGUAACAAAAGGGAGAGGAACAUAAAGAAUUAUACAUCACAGAAUAUUAAUAUCCAUAAUAAUGUUAAUUCUUUAAAACAUAAAAAUUGUUAUACCUUAAACUAUAAUCCAUUUUUUUUUGUACAUAAUGAUUUUAAAAAAAUAUGGAAAAGAAAAAAUGUAAAAAAAUAUACCAAACUUAAAUCUCACAAUGAAGAAAAUAUUUCGAAUAAUGAAUAUAGUUCAAGUAUGCAAGUAAAAGAUAUAAAUCUGGAAAAUAAAAUGACUUCAAAUGAAAUGAAUAAUGAAACUACACACAAUUUACAUAAUAAUAAUAAUAAUAAUAAUAAUGUGGAUGAUAUAAAUAAAAAGAAUGUAGACAAUUUUAUUAGUGAUAAUAUAUCCAGUACACAUGAUGAUAAAAAGGUGUUGACCCAGUUAGAUGAUAGUUUUAAAAAAAAAAUAGAAAAAGAAAUUAUUUCAGAAAAAAUAGCGAAUGAACAAAAUGAAGUUAUUAAAAAAGUAAAGUUACCAAUUAUUGGAACACAACUUAAACCUUCAGGUGGAUUUACAAAAGAAAUUCUACAAAUAAUUCAGGAAAGUAAUAAUUAUAUUAAUGAAGUUAAUAAAGAAAUUAUUAAUGAGAAAAUACAAAAUAAAAUAUCUGGAAAUGAUUUAUCAUUUUUCGAUACGGAUGAAACAUUAGAAAGGCAUGAAUUAAAUUAUUUAAAUAAAAUAUAUGAUAAUAAUCAUAUAUUAAAUAUAUAUAAUUUUCUUUUAGUAUGGAAACAAAGAAAAAAUAUUGAUUUGUCUGUAUUUGUAUCUAAAUUAAGUGAACACUCAAAUAUAUUACCUGGAGAAAGAACAGUAAUUAAAUUUUCAGAAGUAGAAAAGGUUCAGUUUUUAAAAAAAAUAAGAAAAAAUAGAAAUGUAAGUAUAGCUAUGAUAUUUGUUGACAACAAAAAUGCAAAUAAUCAAGAAUCAUCAACAGUUAAUCAUAAUAUGUUUCCUAUAGGUAUUUUAGCACAUCCUCUAGAUAUCUCAUUAUUAGAUAAAACUGGAGAAAUAUCUGUUUUAAAUUUAUACAGAUUCAAAAUCGAUAGUUAUAAUAUAACUAAUGAUGACUUUUUAGUAAAUUGUAAACUUUUUGUAGAUAAUAAUACUACACUUAAUAAUUUUGAUUUAACACAAGAAAAUAAAAAAAUUAUUAUGAAUCUAUAUGAUAAAAUAUUGCAACUCAAAAUUUUAUAUAAUGAAAAAGUAGGAAGAAAACAAGAAAAUGAAAAAUUAAAACAUGUAGAAAAUAUUACGCAACGAAUUGAUGAAUAUAUUAAUGUCUUAAAUAUAAAUAAAACUAUAAAUUUUAAGGAAGAUAAACUUAAUUUCUUUACAUCCUUAUAUUUAGAAUAUUUUUCCUUUCUUGCAUUAGACAUGCAUGCUAAUAUACAAACUAAAAUACAAUUAAUGUAUACAGAUAAUACAGAAUUACGUCUACAUAAUGUUAAAAUCUUCUUAUUACAAUUAUAUGAUGACCUAAAGCUUAAAUUAAAAGGUUUAUAA